UCCCUCUCUCUCUGGCUUGCAUCCUUCUGUAUAAUCAGCAAGUAGGGCAGGCAGGCUGAGCAGCAACCCGGAGAAGCUGUUCUCUCUGUAGGCUGGAAAAAAAGGGAGAGAGGGAAAGAGAUAAAGAAAGAUACCAGGAAAGAGCGUGAGACGAUUCCUGUUACCAUCAAGGCAAGACAAAAAAAAUGAGGAAAGGAAAGGUGUGCACAAUGAAGGUUUGAUCCGAAAAGAGAGACAGACAUUUUAUACAGCUAUAUUUAUAUAUGUAUUUAAAUACAUGGAGAUCUAUAUAUAUAUAUAUAAAUAUACAUAGUCUAUAUUUCUGUGAACACUGUGAUCGUGGCGUGGCAAGAGAAGAUUUUCUUUACCAUAUCAAUCAGGGCAGGUCUCUGAUUGUGUGAGCUGUACAAAGUAAUUCUUUUUCUAAUCAAUACGUAACGAAGAAGACUAUUUUUCCUUCCUCCCUCUGUGGUUAUUUCAUCUUCCUUUGGAGAGAACAUGUAAAAGAGGAAAAGAUCUACAAACGGGUGUUAUUUUUUAUUCUUACAAUUAUUUUUGGUCCAUUUUUGUGGAACAUUUCGUGAACAAUCUGAGGAGGAUUCACACAUCCAGCCAGCAUGCACAAACACCACCAUUGCUGUAAGUGCCCGGAAUGCUAUGAGGUGACUCGCAUGGCAGCCCUUCGUAGAAUGGACCCCCCAUCUUAUGGAGACUGGCAACCUGACCCUUUUGGGUACCCCUCUGGUUUUGGUGGUGGCCAAACCUUACCCCCCUCAGCCAGUAGUGGAGGAGGUGUGGGCAGCGGGGGAACUGCUGGCAGGAGUAAGGGCAAGAUGAUGUCUUCUGGGGGUUCUGGGUGCCCCAACCCAAAAGGCCAGUCCAAGGGCGGUCCCAAGGUGAAUGGCAACAGUUCUGGUGGACAAGGUGGAUGGUGGCCAGAGUGUACUUGCUCCAAUCGUGACUGGUAUGAUCAGGCAAACCCACCUCCUAUUAUUGUAAACACUGACUCGUUGGAUCCAGGUCCUUAUGUAAAUGGCAGUGAUGGCAUGUACAAAUAUGAAGAAAUUAUUCUGGAAAGGGGUAACUCCGGCCUGGGAUUCAGCAUUGCUGGGGGGAUUGACAAUCCACACAUUCCUGAUGAUCCAGGAAUUUUCAUCACAAAGAUAAUACCAGGUGGUGCUGCUGCCAUGGAUGGCAGGCUUGGAGUGAAUGACUGUGUUCUGCGAGUUAAUGAAGUAGACGUAUCAGAAGUGGUACACAGCCGGGCAGUGGAGGCACUCAAGGAAGCAGGGCCUGUUGUAAGGCUGUUAGUGAGAAGAAGACAACCCUUACCUGAAACCAUUUUAGAAGUCAACUUGCUUAAGGGGCCAAAAGGCUUGGGUUUCAGUAUUGCAGGGGGAAUUGGGAAUCAACACAUACCAGGAGAUAACAGCAUUUAUAUCACCAAGAUUAUUGAGGGUGGCGCUGCCCAGAAGGAUGGGAGACUUCAAACUGGAGACCGUCUACUGGCUGUGAAUAAUAUUAACCUGCAGGAUGUGCGCCAUGAAGAAGCAGUGGCUGCCUUGAAGAACACUUCUGACAUGGUCUACCUGAAGGUGGCAAAGCCAGGGCCUGUACACAUUAACGACAUGUACGCCCCACCAGACUACUCCAGCACAUUUCCAACUUUAGUUGAUAACCAUGUUAGCCAUAACUCCAAUAUGGGCUAUAUGGGUCCAGUUGAGACUAAGUCCUCCUACCAGCCGCAUCAGGUUACACCAUCAAGAUAUUCUCCAAUCCCUCGUCACAUGAUUGGGGAUGAUGACUUUACAAGGGCUGAACCCAUUGAACCCAUUUACAGUGCCAUCCACAAACCACAAGCGGAACCCAUCCCUCUCUCCCCCCAGCUGUACAGCAGGGCGCCCUGGGAAGCGGGUUUGAGUCCCGCCCCCUCUGUCUUGUGCCCUGGCCUGGCAGCCUCUUCUGGCAGAGAACCACGGAAAAUUAUUUUACAUAAGGGCUCAACAGGACUGGGGUUCAACAUUGUUGGAGGAGAGGAUGGAGAAGGAAUCUUUGUGUCUUUCAUCUUGGCUGGUGGUCCAGCAGACCUUAGUGGAGAACUGCGACGGGGUGACCGUAUCCUUUCAGUGAAUGGUGUCAACCUGAGGAAUGCCACACAUGAGCAGGCAGCUGCUGCCCUGAAGCGUGCAGGCCAGACAGUCACAAUUAUCGCUCAGUAUCGUCCAGAAGAAUACAGUCGUUUUGAAUCCAAAAUUCAUGAUCUGCGAGAGCAGAUGAUGAACAGCAGUAUGAGUUCAGGAUCAGGUUCUUUACGAACCAGUGAGAAGCGGUCUCUCUAUGUCAGGGCCCUGUUUGACUACGACCGGACACGAGACAGCUGCCUGCCCAGCCAGGGACUUAGCUUUUUGUAUGGAGAUAUUCUGCAUGUCAUCAAUGCUUCUGAUGAUGAAUGGUGGCAGGCCCGACUUGUUACUCCACAUGGGGAGAGUGAGCAGAUCGGGGUCAUUCCCAGCAAAAAAAGAGUGGAAAAGAAAGAGAGAGCAAGAUUAAAAACAGUGAAGUUUCAUGCAAGAACUGGCAUGAUAGAGUCCAACAGGCAGUCAGUCAAAUCAAAGCGUAAAAAGAGCUUCAACCUUUCACGCAAGUUCCCCUUCUACAAGAGCAAGGAGAACAUUGUGCAGGAAAAUGUGGACACAGCACAAUGUGUGACCUCCAACACUAGUGACAGUGAAAGCAGCUCCAAGGGACAGGAAGAUACAAUUCUUUCUUAUGAACCAGUAAUAAGGCAGGAAAUUCACUACACAAGACCUGUGAUUAUUCUUGGACCAAUGAAGGACAGGAUAAAUGAUGACCUGAUAUCAGAAUUUCCGCACAAGUUUGGCUCAUGUGUACCACACACUACACGUCCAAGGCGCGAAAAUGAAGUGGAUGGCCAGGAUUACCAUUUUGUGAUAUCCAGAGAACAGAUGGAGAAGGAUAUUCAAGAAAACAAGUUUAUUGAAGCAGGACAGUUCAAUGAGAACUUGUAUGGGACAAGCAUUCAGUCUGUGAGAGCUGUUGCAGAACGAGGAAAGCACUGUAUCCUGGAUGUGUCUGGGAAUGCUAUAAAGCGAUUACAACAAGCACAACUUUAUCCAAUUGCCAUUUUCAUCAAGCCAAAAUCAAUUGAAGCCCUUAUGGAAAUGAAUAAGAGACAGACGUACGAACAAGCCAAUAAAGUUUUUGACAAAGCAGCAAAGCUUGAACAGGAGUUUGGGGAGUAUUUUACAGCUAUUGUACAAGGUGAUUCACUAGAAGAAAUCUACAGUAAAAUAAAACAGGUAAUUGAAGAACAGUCUGGUCCAUACAUCUGGAUUCCUUCUUCAGAAAAACUCUAAAGCUCCUUCCUCUUUCAAGCUCAACCAUGGAGCGAAGAUUCCCCUUUCCAGUCAAGCCCUGUAACCCUGCCCCUUUUUACAGAAAUGUUGCAUAUCAAGUUUUCUUGUCAUCAUUCUGUUUCUCUUUAAAAACAAGUCUUAUCACUAUUACCGUGACUGUGCGAAACCCUGCAUGAGUUUUUCAAGAAUUCCAUCGAAGACUGGAAAGGUCUUUCCAAACAAAUUUUAUUACAAAAGCUAAACACUACAAUUUGUUUAUGAAGUACAGAGAAGAUGGAAUGUCUAAACAUAUUGAGAAAUGGGAUGUGGACAUCUUGACAGGGGAAUAAUGAACAGGUUGAAAUUAUUUGUAAAUGUUUUUAAACUCUUACUACAAUCUAGUUGGAAGGUGAGCAGCAGUGGUCACUGAGGUUUAUUUUUUCCUGCGAGGACUAGCUACCAAUCAAAUUCCUUGAUGGUCAUCUUCUGGUAAAGGAAUCUUUGUCCAUUAGUUCUUAAACAAGUGAUGGGAAGAAAAGAAAAAAAAAACUGUUGAUCACAACUUACAACAACCAGCUUACUAAGAUUGGCUUCACAUUGUUUAUGAAGCAGCCUGUCGUCUUUUCUCACCUCAGGAGGUGGGAAGGAAAGAAUAAUGACAAAUCUUAAAAUUUAUAUAUAUAUCAUUAAGAUGAAAUUACAAAAAUCCUAUGGAGCAAAUUUUAAUACAUAUUAAAAAUAAGAUUGUUUUACACACUGUAACAAUGGUCUUGCAUGGAGGGCUCUCUGGUUUUUGAUAAGCUUAAUUCUAAUGCUAAUACUGAUAACAACAGGUAAACCUAUAGUGUGACUGGGGUCCUAGUAAAAUCCUCAACUGCCUUAAUACAAAACUUCAUUUAACAAGGUUGUGGGAUUAUGUAUCUUGUAUAUUGAAACUGUCAUGUUUGUAUUAUGAUCAGAUGUACCAGUACCACCAAGCUUCAGAAGGCAAACCAUAUUGGUGUCUGAUCAAUUAUUGGCCAUCGUUGAGUUUACUGGCUCUAGACAUCCUCCAACCCCCACAAAAAAUAAUCAUAGGUAAUUACUGAUUCAUUGUUCAAAAUGAAUCGGAGAGAGUAAAUUUAUGUCAGUUUUAUAUAUGCAACCAUGAUCUUUGGUUCAUCCCGGUCACAGUUUCCCAUUGGUCAUUUUCAUUUAGCCUGCAGUUUUGUUAUUUCACUGCAAGCUGCAUUUAAAUAUAUGGUCAAAACGGGUAGAAAAAUAUAUUUUUGUGUGUUUUUCUCCUCCUUUUUCUUUUUUCCUCCUUGUAGAUACAGUAAUUGGCAUUAACUGUCUUUUGUCUAAUGCCCACUGGAUGGUGUGCUAAAACAACACUCCCACCCCCUUUUUUUAAUGAAUUGUAGCCCCUCAUAUUUUUAACUAUCUGAGCAAGCUGUCAUACAACAUAGGUUGCUGCUUAGACAGAGCCACGUGAAGAGUGCCGCAGAAAUGGCAAGAAAAUGUAUUUAAGGAACAGCAAAGGCUUCAGAUGUUUUACCCAAAGUAUCAAAAAAUGAAGAUCUAUGAAACCCAGAAGGUUUUACUUUAAUUGUCCUCCUGAAGGCAUUUUAAAGUGUGUGUAUGUAUAUAGAAGUUACUUUUACGUAAUGAUCUACUGAUCCACAAAAUAUUAUCUGUGGGAGGAAUUUUUUGCAGUACAGUAAUUUUUUUUUUUUUAUAUACAGUGGAACCUCUAGAUACGAGUUUAAUUCGUUCCAGCACUGAGCUUGUAUAGCGAAUUUCUCGUAUCUAGAACAAACUUCCCCAUUGAAAAUAAUGGAAAUCCAGUUAAUCCGUUCCGCACCCCAAAUAUAUUAACAUAAAAAUCAAUUUUCCUAACAAAUACCACUGAUAAAUUAUAUAUACUGUAGUCUACCUUUAAUAAAUAACACUGGUAAAUAAUAUAACUGAUUAUUAAAAGAAUCAAAACAGGUGUCCAAAGUGCAGUAGAGCAUUCAAUAAAUGUUUAAAUAAAUAAUCCUUAAAACAGUUGUGAAGUGGAGGUUUAAAAUACACAAGAAUAACAAUCCUUUAACACGAGGUUAAAACGUCAAAAGGAUGCAGUCUUUAAAAAACAGACGACAAUCCCCGGUGCUUCUUCUCUGUUAGCGUCUCACCUGCGGGCUCUGCAACAGGCGAGACACUCUUAAUGCAGCUGACCUUCUCUACACCGUCCUGCUUCAGCUGUUUGGCUCGCCUGUUCAGCUCACUGUUCAGCUACACGCGAGCCUGCUCUCCUGCCCACCUGCCUGCUCUCUCUCUCUCUCUCUCUCACUUCUUCUCCCCCUUAACCGGCUCGCGCUUCUCUAUAUAUGCAGGGAGGACAUGGCAGCUGCAGCCCAUCAGCCACAGGAACAAUCAUGGAUGUGGGCAGUUUCCCACCUGUGCACUUAAGUGAGAAACGCAGACACCGCAGAUCGCGGCUCGCAACUGCUACCACGCCCCCUCGCUAAGCUGAGAGCUAUACCCACAGCCUGGCUCGUGGCUCGUUACGCGAGCCAAUGCUCGCAUUUAGAUCAGAAAUUUUCGCUCAUACUUUCCUCGUAUUUUGAAUUUCUCGUAUACAGAGGUGAUCGUAUCUCGAGGUUCCACUGUAUAUAUUUUUUGGAAAGAUCUUAGUUUAAUCUUUCUGUUUGUGGUCACUGACUAUAUGCAGAAUUUUUUGCAGUACAGUAAUUCCUGUAUUUUUUAAAUACCUGUCCUGUCUAUAUACAGACACACACUAUCUUAAAUUGAUGUUUAUAAUCCACUUUCCACUAUUUUUUUUUAUUGUAGUCACUUUUAAUAUGGCAUUUAUAGUAAGCUUCCCGUUUCUGCACUGUAUAAAUAAUGUACAUCUUAAUUUAAUUUAUGGUGUACUGUAGACUACAUUCUAUAUUUUAUUCCCUUUGCCAUACACUGGAGCAACUAUUUAGUUAUCUGUGACAUUCCCUGGUGAUUUCCAUGCUGAAAAUAUUACUUUCUAUAAUAAAAUAGGUUUUCUAGCCUCAUGAUUGUUAGUAAUGGGUGGUGAGCUGCUGAGACACAAACUCCUAUCAAUACCAUUCCAAUUUAAUUUCAAUGUAAAACUUUAUAAUUCGGGUGUAGACAAAGCCCAGCUCUAUAAUUUGCAGGUGACGUCUCUUAAUAUGUGCCAGUUUGUAAAUGGCACCUCUACAAAACCAGCUGUAAUUCACUUUAAAAGUUCAGGGAAUAAAGAAUGGGAACAGAGCCAAUAUUAAUUGCUUUUUGACUGUUUAGAAUAUUGUUCUACCUGUAACUGUCUUCUACUCUUAAAAUACCCCACUUUUGUAUGGUACAAUAAACAUGUGAGUGAUCCUGAGACAGGAACUUUGAAAAAUACAUGUGACAGUAUCAGUCACUCAUCUGUUUUCUGCUACAUGGAUUAAAACAUGGAACACAAGUUCUGCUUAAAAUCCUCCUUCACAUCACAUCUUUAGUACACCUCUGCCACAGCAGCAGGCAAAACUGAAUGUGAGACUCCACAGUGGCUUUACUGUUUGAAUAAAAGGAUUUGAAAAAUACAGACAACAUACUGGAAAUGUCAGAUGUGUCAAAAUGAAAAAUCUGGCAUUUCAAGACUGGCUGUGAACCUUUUUUUUUUUUUUUUUUUUUUUGGUUUGUUUUUUAUCCCCUUCCAUAGGAGACAUAUUGAUUUCUUGUAUUACUGGUUUGUUUAAAGUUUGCAGACUGUUAAACAUGUCUCUCUUACAGUCAGCUUGUCAAUAACUAGCCCAAAGAAUAGGGUACUGUGCUCUGAGAAUGAAUUAUUUAUAAUGCCUUUGUGUUAAUCUCGUGAGGGUGUCAAAGUCCUUUGGGCCAGGAGAACUUUCUAAAAAAUAAACUGUAUUUUUUGUCUUUU